AUGUUAGCGCUACCCACACAACGUCACCACCUUUCAACCAUACCGUCACCACCGUCUUCACACUCCUCCUAUCAACACCUGCCCCAGCAGUUUGCCGCACAACACCUCUACGACCAGAAGCUCCUCAACGACUACCUCGAGUCCCAGCAGCAGUCUUACGGCACUUCAUCCAGCAGUGCACCCAACUCGUACAUGACGAGCGCAUACACCGACUUCGCGAACCCGGCCAUCCGAAUCCAGCAGUCGACACCCACACCGCAGCUUCCUCAGGGCUUCGCACAACCGCCUAUGCUCUCGACCAGCAACACCAGCACGGGACUUGAGUCCUGGAACUAUGGUAACGUGCAGGGCCAAUCGCUCCAGACACCACACCAGAACCAGAGCCGCGGCCACCAGCGCGCAUCGUCAUCGUCUUCCGUAGGCUCAAGUGCCUCGCAAUAUCAGGCCGUUGGACCUUCCGCGGGCUACCAGUCGUUCCAGAACCAUCUCCCUACACCCACACAUACACCUACCCAGGACUCGUUCAUGAGCGGAAACAACUUCAACAGCAACUACACGCCAAACUCGGUCAACAUGGACCACACCAUGUCCGCACACAUGUCGAUGAAGCAAGCGCUCAUGGAGCAGAGUGAUGACGUACCAGACUACGCACACUCGGCCGGUCAAUCAGUAUCAAGCUACGGCCACGACUCUCCUGCCACGCCACACACUGCACAGGACGACAUCGACUUCAAGAUGCCUGCCAAUGGUGAGAACCUCUGCAGGAUAGACUCCUGGCUUUUCAAUCAGUUUUGUACUUACAAUGACCCAGACGCCCGCCCUAUCCCCAAGUUCGAAAGGACCUACACCGACAUUGCUGCCGACGCUGGCUUCUAUGAACCCAGUGCCUCCGCCCAGGCGGUGUCUUCCAAGCCAGCUCAGUCGUCGCUGCUGUCGCCAUACCGCAACAGCGCCAACGAGAACGUACAGCGUGCGCUCCAGGCAGCACAGUACGCUCGCUCACAGUCGCCAAGCAGCACUGCCUCAAGAAGUGACUCACCCUUCCGCAAGAGCUCACCCUACCGUCAGCCUAGCAACACGUUCAACUCGGCUAUGAACACUGCUGUCGCGGCACGUGAGCAGACCCGCCAGGCUGAUGCGGCUUACGCUAUGAAGUCUCAGAUGCAGCCCAGCGACGAUUCUGAGCCAAAGACCAUCUCGCCCAAGGACGCUCUGUUAGACUACCGGGAAUCCGACGAAGAAUCCAAAGUUCCAUUGUUCCCAGACAGUGGCGCUAGCGAGUACGACAGCCAAUACACCGGUGGCGACCAAUAUAGGACUGCCACCCAAUCCAGCUUCGACACUCCAUCAUCACAGUCCUACCGUCGCGACAGCUGGGUAACACCACAGUUCUCACCAAACUUCUCCACUGCCCCCGCCCCAUCAUUACCACAGUCAUCGAGCUUCACCUUCGCCACUCCAUCAAUACAGAACAUGCACAGCAUGCCUAUGAACGCACCAUCUCAGUAUCGAUCGACACCCAACACUAUGUCGUCGGGCGUCGACCAGACACCAGAGUUCCCUGCCCACCUGACUUCAAUGGAGUCAAGUGCGAGCGAAGCUGAGCCACCGAGCGGCAGCCAGAACAGCGUCCUUUCAGACCGCUACAUUACGAAGCCAACAUCGACGGGCGCCGAGUCUGGUACCUACUCAUGCACGUAUCAUGGCUGCUCCCAGCGUUUCGAGACCCCACAAAAGCUUCAGAAGCACAAGCGUGAGGGUCAUCGAAGUGCCAAUCUCAGUCAGGCUAUGACGUCGGCGGCUAUUUUGGAGCGCAAUUCGCAGGCGGGACCCCACAAGUGUGAGCGCAUCAACCCCACGACCGGCAAGCCCUGCAACACUGUAUUUUCGCGGCCCUAUGACCUCACCCGUCACGAGGACACGAUACACAAUGCGCGCAAGCAAAAGGUCCGCUGCGCACUCUGUGUCGAGGAGAAGACUUUUUCGCGCAACGACGCAUUGACACGCCACAUGCGUGUCGUGCAUCCUGAGGUCGACUUCCCCGGAAAGCACCGCAGGCGCGGAGGUAACCACGACUGA